AUGCGUGGCAGCCGCAACCAACAGGGGGAAGAAGAUGUGCAAACUCCUUUUUUGCAGAUUUCUGGGACGCAGGACCCUCCAUCGUUUUCUGUUCGAAGAUUGAGAUUCAAGUGGUUGGUCUGGGGUCUGGUUGGUUUUCUGGAACUCACUUUCGAAACUGGUGUGGCGAUGCGAACGACUCCUUUAAUCGCAUCUUAUAAAGAACAAUUAUGCACCAAGGCAUCUCAGGAUGUAGACAAACCCAUAAUAAGUUGCCAAAAAGAUCAUGCAAUUGCAAGUGAGCUGGCGCUGAUCAUAGGCGUCUUCCAACUUUUGGAAUGCCUACCCAUGCUACUUUUGUCUGGUGUCUACGGCAGCAUUGCAGAUAAGUACGGCCGGCGAUCGAUUCUGUUUCUGGGAUAUCUGGGUUUGGUACUGAGUUCAAUGUGGACUACUGGUGUGGUUUGGCUUGUUCCUAGGGUUCCAUUAAAAUUCGUUUGGAUAGGUCCCGUAUUCACCUUGAUUGGAGGCGGGGCAAGUGUGCCCCUUGCUAUUCUCAUGACGAGUGCCGCAGCCGUCGCACCAUCAACUCAAAGAGUCUCAGUCUUUUCUUUUAUACACGGCACAGCUUUGGUAGCAGCAAUCCUGGGGUUUGGACUGAGUUCGGCAACGAUGAAAUCUUUGGGGAACUAUGCCGCACAAUUGGUUGGUCUCGGAUUGAUGUCCUCAGCUUUAUGCUUAAGCCUCCUUCUUCCAACGGGGGAAGUAGCUCAGUCGUCAGCAUCUAGACCGGAGAUUGAUUCUGCUUCAGAAUAUACCAACAUCUCAGGCUCCAGAACGCAGCCUAUUAACAGCAGGCAUGCGGUGAUUAGAUCAUUUCAUAAUCUCUUGCAGAUCAGAGGUGCCAUCCCGUUGUUAAUUGCUGGGUUCUUCGCUACACUUGGUCAAAGGGUUCAGAUUUUACUCCUCCAAUAUAUGCCAGAGCAUUUCAGUAUUAGUUUCUCGGAGGCCAAUACAUUUAUCAUUCUUGAUCACGUAGCGAAUUUACUCGUGCUUUUCAUAGGCUUGCCAUUGGGAAAUGCCCUAAUUUUGCGUUGGAGGAGCUUCAACUCGUGCUACAAAGACAUAGCACUUGCUCUUUGUAGCAGCGCUCUAUCUCUUGUUGGGGCAUUGAUAUUAAGUUUCGCUCCAAAUGUUACAGUGGCUCUCUUCGGCAUCAUUGUUUUUGGCACCGGAAUUGGCCUCAGCAGUCUUUUGCGAUCUAUCUUCGUGGGGCUCUUCCCACCAGAGCGUGCAGCUUUUGCUACGACAUUGAUAUCUACUAUAAAGACCGUGGGCGGUACCUUCUCUGGACCUGUAUACUCUUACGCCUUUGCAUUGAGCUUAGACUUAGACAGAAUGCUGCAGGGGUUGCCAUUUAUAGUGUCUGCGGCUUCUUUUGUGAUCGUCGCAAGCGUGCUGAUUACAAUGGUCAAAAAACCGCGAGUAAGAAGAGACAUAUCUUUGGCCAUUCUAUCUUUCUCGUGGCUGGCAAAAUACCUUCAAACAAUCAGUCUGGUUUAUCACAUGUUCCUGGAGAUGGGACAAGCUGUUGCGCAAUACUCACGAGCACCACGACGCCGAAGCAAACCAUUUCUUGAACCAUCCCGACCAGCUUUGAGAGCACUUGUAGCUCUUGAUCUUUCCGUUUUCUUAGCAUCUAAUUCUACGUGA